AUGCCUCUAAUCAAGACCACAGAGAUCUCUGAGGACACUCGGGUCUUCGGAUACGAUCCUCUGCUUUCUCCUCAGUUUCUUCAGUCCGAGGUUCCCGCCCCCGAAAGUUCCCUCGAAGCGACCCGCUCCGGGCGAAGCCAAGCAAUCGAGAUCAUCGAGCAACGAGAUGACCGUCUCCUCGUCGUCGUCGGACCAUGCUCCAUCCACGACCCAGACACUGCUCUCGAAUACGCUCGCCGCCUGAAGGACGUCGCCGACAGACUCUCCCACGAUCUCUGCAUCAUCAUGCGCGCAUACCUGGAGAAGCCCCGCACAACCAUCGGAUGGAAGGGUCUCAUCAACGACCCCGACAUCAACCAGUCGUUCAACAUCAACAAGGGCCUGCGCGUGUCCCGCAAACUCUACGCCGACCUCACCAGCAUGGGCAUGCCCAUCGCCAGCGAGAUGCUCGACACCAUCUCCCCGCAGUACCUGGCCGACCUUGUCUCCCUCGGCGCCAUCGGCGCGCGCACCACCGAGUCCCAGCUCCACCGCGAGCUCGCGUCCGGGCUCAGCUUCCCCAUUGGCUACAAGAACGGCACGGACGGAAACCUGGGCGUCGCCAUCGACGCCAUCGGCGCGGCCUCGCACCCGCACCGCUUCAUGGGCGUCACGAAGCAGGGUAUGGCCGCCAUCACCAAGACCUCGGGCAACGAACACGGCUUCGUGAUCCUGCGAGGCGGAAACAAAGGGACAAACUAUGACCGGGCGAGCAUCAAGGCCGCUCGGGAAGCACUGCGUGCUAAGAAGCAGCGCGAGAUCCUCAUGGUGGACUGCUCCCACGGCAAUUCCAAGAAGAACCACCUCAACCAGCCUCUGGUUGCUAGGGAGGUCGCGGAUCAGCUCCGCGAGGGCCAGGAUGCCAUCAUCGGUGUAAUGAUCGAAUCGAACCUCUACGAGGGGAACCAGAAGGUUCCUGCCGAGGGGCCGGCUGCUUUGCUCAAGGGCGUUAGCAUCACUGACGCUUGCAUCAACUGGGAGAUGACCGUUGAUGUUCUCAAUGAUCUGGCUGAUGCUGUGCGCGCCAGACGUGCGGCCAAAGCUGGUAAGCUGAAUGGUGCCAAUGGAGUGAACGGUGUCAAUGGCUCCCACUAG